CUAGUGCGCAUUUUACGCAUUACGCAUGAUCCAGAAGUCCAUUUUCAGCACUUUGCACCGCUCAUCUUUAAAGUUGCGCUCAUUAGACGCGACUCCUGCCCUUAGCUGAACUUUGAGAUCUAGCAGACAGCACACGCACUGUAGCUGUUUCAUCACAGAUCAAAAGGCAACAGGAGUGACACUCCUAAUAACCUUUUUCCUUUGGAGACAGCGCAGAGGACAUUGGCUUCUGACAUGCCUCGCUUCACAGCCCAGCGUGUUUAGCGGGACAUAUUUCUAUAGGGACAUUUCUUUCUUUAAGAGGUCAAACUGAGUUUUCUACAAUGAGGCCGCCGGUGGAAGUCAGCGUGUUGAUCCCCUCUCUCCUCGCUCCUGGAGUUUUGUUUGCCAUGAACAACAUCCCCGCGCUUCAGGAACCUUAUCCUAUCCUGGGAAUGGAAAUUAUCGUCCUGGGGUUUCUUCUCCUCCUCCUCUUCCUCACUGUGCCAGACAAGAAUAAAGUGGACCCAUUAUUCUAUGUAUUUGCAGAGUUUUCCUUCACCUGCAUGGUGGGCCUGAUCAAUGCUUUGGAGCAGGAUGGGCUAAUCUCUGGCUUCAUGGGUUUUUAUAUAAAGAAGGGUGAGCCUCAUCUAAGUACCGCCUACGCUGUGCUGAUGUCUUACUGGGAGGGCAUCGUUCACUUGAUCCUCUUCCUCAUCAUCAUCCACCGCAUGUUUAAAGGGAAGUCCUAUCGUAGCCUGGGGCUGCUGUGGGCUGGCUCCUCAAUCGCCCAUCAAAUCGUACACAUCCCAGGAGUGGUCAUUGGUAAAUACGGGUCAAACAUUCGACCAGCCUUUUGGAGGAAUGUCCCAUUAUUUUUGGUGCCUUUCUGGGCGGCCUCGCUGCUCUUCAGCAGACCCAGAGAGAUGCCAGUCAUCACAGCAGACAAGAUUUCAGUAGAGCAGAAGAAAAGUCUGCUAUCUCGACCUGUUGACCUGCUUCUGUCUCUUCUGUUAAUUGGAGCUAUGGCCUUCUCUGUUUUCAGAGGUUUUGUGGUGCUUGACUGUCCUCUAGAUGCCUGUUUCACCUACAUUUACCAGUACGAGCCCUACCUCAAAGACCCAGUUGGCUUUCCCAGGGUUAUGAUGCUGGUGUAUUUGUUCUAUGCUCUGCCACUGCUGACUGUCCUCAUAUAUGGUCUUAAUACACCUGGAUGCAGCUGGAUGAUGGACUGGACCAUCUUCUUUGCUGGGGCCAUGGCUCAGACCCAGUGGUGCCAUAUCGGAGCAUCUCUGCACUCCCGCACUCCCUUCACGUACAGAGUCCCAGCAGACAAAUGGUGGCCUGUUAUCACCCUCAAUGUGCUACUGGCUGCUGCGCCGGCUCUGCUGGCCCUGCGCUGCUGCAUCAACCCCGCUUAUUUUAUGAAACCUGUUCCCAAAGGACAGACCAACAACGAGAAGAAGAAAAACUAGACCACACAACAGCCAGGGACUGUCGAGGAAUACUUUACACUGUGACAAGGCUAAUGUUUUCUGGGGACUCUCUUUGACGCACAAACUGCAUUAAACACACAAUUUUUCAACGUUAAACCCAGACGAAAUCUAAAAAUGUUGCUCUCUGAGUCAACUGUUCAAAAUAUGUCACCUCGCACGACAGCAGCUGCAGCACUCCCUGCAUGGACUAUUGGACCCUGAUAAGAAGGCUGUUGAUGGAGUUGAGGACUGUGACUCAUGCAGUCACCCAGUUGGUAUCUUCCCAAACUGAGACUAUUAACCUGGAUCAUGCAGUUUGGCAACACACUGCUAGAGAGCAACAGUCAUCAUUAUACACCUCUCAUGCAGAAAUCCACAGCACAGCUCCACAGCUUUAAGUUUAUAUUUACUGAUCUAAAAUCGGCAGUCACUGAAAACUAUUAGAUUUCAUUGUUUAAAAACUGAAUAUUCUCUGAAGAUUCUCUGAAAAGGCUGAAUGACUGCAAGUUGCUGAUAAAAGAGAUGAUAGCAGAUGUUACUUAAGUGGAGAAUUUGAUGAAGGAAAAACAUCACCUGGUGCCUGAUAUUGUGAAAAAAAUUUGAUCCUACAUAAUGUCACAGGGGUGCCAACCAAUUAAUUACUUCCUGGUUAAUAGUUUAAUCAUUUGGUCUAGAAAAUAAUGAAAAAUGUCACUCACAAUUUCCAAAAGCCAAAGGGGACAUCUUCAAAUUGUGUCGCCCAACCAACCCCCAACGAUAUAAAACAGAGGAAAAGCUGCAAAUCCACACUCUGGUGAAGCUGAAACUGGAAUUUUUUCACUUUAUUUUGUACACUAAAAACAAAUGGAGCACUGGAUUUGGCAUGUUUUUUGUAUGGGGCACAGAUUAUAUGAGCCAGGUAUUGGCAUUAUCUUUGCGUGUCUUAGCUGAUGUCUGUCUGCACUUUAAAUAAAGUUUUCAACGUCAA